AUAAUGAGAGACCCUGGAUGGAUUAGAAAUGUGUGGUCUUCAAAUAUCAAUGCUCAAACCAUGAAUUACGUCGGGCAGUUGGCGGGCCAGGUGUUUGUUACAGUGAAGGAACUCUACAAGGGGCUGAAUCCUGCCACACUUUCUGGAUGCAUCGAUAUCAUUGUGGUUCGACAACCCAAUGGGAACCUCCAGUGCUCUCCUUUCCACGUCCGCUUUGGGAAGAUGGGGGUACUGCGCUCCCGAGAGAAAGUGGUUGACAUCGAAAUAAACGGAGAAUCUGUGGACUUGCACAUGAAAUUGGGAGAUAAUGGCGAAGCAUUUUUUGUUCAAGAGGCUGAUAAUGAUCAGGAAGUGAUUCCCAUGCACCUGGCCACCUCUCCCAUCCUGUCAGAUGGAGCCUCGCUAAUGGAAAGCCAGCUGAAAAGGAACUCAGUGGAUCGAAUGAGGGGCAUGGACCUCAACAUGCCACCUCAAGUGUCGCCGCCUAGUGAGGCAUCUUCAAGUGGCUCUUUAGUCAAAAAGAGAAGAAAGAGGAGGAGGAAGUCUCAACUGGAUACCCUUAAAAGAGACGACAAUAUCAACACGUCUGAGGAUGAAGACAUGUUUCCCAUAGAAAUGAGCUCUGACGAGGAUAAAGAACCACUGGACAGUAGUAGAACUCUUCAUAAUGAUAGGUCUCUAUUCCAAGAUGAUGUUCCUAAGGAAAACCUUUCCUCAGCCUCCACUUACGUUCAGUCAGCAUCUUACCCUAAUUCAGAGAAAGAGUGGUCCCCAAACCCAAGUAGCCUGAUAGAUUGCAAAAGGACGCCCCCUCUUCCUGCUGUGGCUCCCGAGGGUGGUCUUUCUAGUUCAUGCCCUCCACAGUCUUCCCACUUCCACGCUUCGGAAAGUCCUUCAGGUUCCCGACCUUCAACGCCGAAAAGUGACUCGGAGCUCGUCAGUAAGUCUGCAGAUAGAACAAUGCAGAAGAAUAACCCAGAAAUGCUCUGGCUUUGGGGAGAAUUGCCACAAGCUGCAAAGGUUAGUUCCUCAUCUCUUCACAAGAUCAAAGAGUCCAGCCCACUGGUCAGUAGAAAAAUCUCCGAUAAAAUGCACUUCCGGGCUAUUCAGAGUGAAUCUUCAGAUACCUUCAGUGACCAGUCCCCAACACUGGCCGGCUGUCCUCCCGAACAAUCACUUUUAGAUCAAAGCAAACCUCAGACUGAAAUGCAUUUUGUGAAUGAAGAGGAUGCCGAGGCCUUGGGAGCCACAGCCCCACUUUCACCUCCCAGCGAAGAACACAAGCCCUCUGCCAGUGUAACCCAGGCAGCAGGCAAGAUGGACUCACCUUCCAGGAAAAAAGAUAAACGCAGCAGACAUCUUGGUGCUGAUGGUGUCUACUUGGACGACCUCACAGAUAUGGAUCCUGAAGUGGCUGCCCUGUAUUUUCCCAAAAAUGGAGAUCCUUCUGGGCUCGCCAAACAUACCAAUGACAGUGGGGCCCGCUCAGCCAACCAGUCCCCACAGUCUGUGGGCAGUUCUGGCGUCGACAGUGGCGUGGAGAGCACCUCAGAUGGCAUGAGGGACCUGCCAUCCAUUGCCAUCUCCCUCUGCGGAGGCCUCAACGACAACCGGGAGAUAACUAAAGAUGUAUUUUUGGAGCAAGCUGUUUCGUACCAGCAAUUUGUGGAUAACCCUGCUAUCAUUGAUGACCCCAAUCUUGUGGUAAAGAUUGGGAAUAAAUACUAUAAUUGGACAACAGCAGCGCCUCUCCUCCUGGCAAUGCAGGCCUUCCAGAAACCUUUGCCAAAGGCCACUGUGGAAUCUAUCAUGAGGGAUAAGAUGCCCAAAAAGGGAGGAAGAUGGUGGUUUUCAUGGAGGGGAAGAAAUACUACAAUCAAAGAGGAAAGCAAGCCAGAGCAAGGCUUGGCUGUGGCGGGUCACAAUACUGGGGAGCAGCCGUCACAGCUUAGCUUGGCCACCAGAAUAAAGCAUGAAUCAUCCUCCAGCGAUGAAGAGCAUGCAGCUGCCAAGCCAUCCAACACAAGCCACCUCCCUCUUUUGUCUAAUGUCAGCUACAAAAAGACUCUUCGGCUCACUUCAGAGCAGCUGAAAAGUUUAAAGUUGAAGAACGGCCCAAAUGAUGUGGUUUUCAGUGUUACCACGCAGUAUCAGGGCACCUGUCGCUGCGAAGGCACCAUCUAUUUGUGGAACUGGGAUGAUAAAGUCAUCAUUUCUGACAUUGAUGGGACAAUCACUCGAUCAGAUACGCUUGGCCACAUUUUGCCCACCCUUGGAAAGGACUGGACCCACCAGGGAAUUGCUAAGCUGUACCACAAAGUGAGCCAAAAUGGAUACAAGUUCCUCUAUUGCUCUGCACGCGCUAUCGGGAUGGCAGACAUGACAAGAGGUUAUCUGCACUGGGUCAAUGAGCGGGGCACAGUGUUACCCCAAGGACCUUUGCUGCUGAGCCCGAGCAGUCUCUUCUCUGCCUUGCACAGAGAAGUGAUUGAAAAGAAGCCAGAAAAGUUUAAAGUCCAAUGUUUGACAGACAUCAAAAACCUGUUUUUCCCAAAUACAGAACCUUUUUAUGCUGCUUUUGGAAACCGCCAAGCUGAUGUAUAUUCAUACAAGCAAGUAGGAGUGUCUUUGAAUAGAAUAUUCACUGUCAACCCCAAAGGCGAGCUAGUGCAAGAACACGCCAAGACCAACAUCUCCUCGUAUGUGAGACUCUGUGAAGUGGUUGACCACAUUUUCCCAUUGCUGAAAAGAAGCCAUUCUUCAGACUUUCCCUGUUCGGAUACUUUUAGUAAUUUCACCUUUUGGAGAGAGCCGCUGCCACCUUUUGAAAACCAGGAUGUUCAUUCUGCCUCAGCAUGA